AUGCGCCUGCGCUGGCUGGUGCCUAGUACAAGUGCCAGUUACCCUGCACGAGCAGCCCUCACUGCUACCUCUGCCCAGCGCAGGAUCCAGGCUAGACAACAGAGCCUCCGGCCCCUUCCUGACAGAAUCCCGGGCUGCUGGACGGAGGUGCCAGCUCUGACCUCUGCUCCAUUGGCUGGACGCGGGGCCGUCUCCUGUCCUAUGUUUGUGCUUUCCCUAGCUCUGGGCUUUGCUCUUCCUCAGGGCUUGCCGGUUCCUCAGAAGAUGCCUGCUCCAGGGCUAAGCCGUUCAGUAGAUCCCUCUCUCCCUUCUCUCCUAACUGACAUCCCCGAGGCCAGGGUUAGCCUGCUGUAUAGCGUGGACUCAUGUCUGCAGCUGGCAGCCAGGCAGAACAUCAACCUCAUCCUGCAGCACUACAAUUACACGGGGAAGCUGGGCAGGCGGCGGCCCCAGGAGGACAAGAUGGGCCUCCUCAAGGUGGCCUUCAUCACCAUUAGCUGCCUCAUUGUGGUGGAGAACCUGCUGGUGCUGAUAGCCAUCGUGAGGAGCCUGCAUGCCCGCCGGUGGGUCUACUCCUGCAUCCUGGCAGCCAGGCAGAACAUCAACCUCAUCCUGCAGCACUACAAUUACACGGGGAAGCUGGGCAGACGGCGGCCCCAGGAGGACAAGAUGGGCCUCCUCGAGGUGGCCUUCAUCGCCAUUAGCUGCCUCAUUGUGGUGGAGAACCUGCUGGUGCUGAUAGCCAUCGUGAGGAGCCUGCAUGCCCGCCGAUUACAUUAG